UCUAGGAGCAAUCUAACACCACAUAAGCCAAUUCAUUCAAAACAUUUUACAAACCUAAGUUUCUAUUUCCAAUUUACUUGCAUUAUUUAUGAAAUGAAGUUUAUGGUCUUGCAUUCCAUUUAGGAAGUCCAGAAAAUAUGAAGGCAUCAAAACCAGAUGUGAAACAAGAAAAUGAGAAAAUGAAUCAAACGGCCUCAACCACAGGACAAACGCAACAAGAACAAAGGGUGGUUGAGGCUUCGCAACAACCUCAACCACCGACCAACACUGCCCCUAUUGCCAACACCAAAGGAGUUGCCACUAGCGGUGCUAUUUUAGAGAAUGCCGCCGCUUCUGUUUCAUCUGCCCUUCAGUCUGCGAGGGAGGUUAUUUCAAAAAAUUAGUCACAUCCAUGGACUUCUAUUUUUUAUUAGUUCAUUUGAUCUUUUGUUUAAUUCGUUUUAUAUGUUUAUCUAUCUUUAUUUCUUCUUCAAUAUUCUUUAAAAAUGUACAGUUUUAUGCCGUAUUAGUUUAAGAUACAUAAUUUUUACCGUU